UACUACUAAUACUACUACUACUAUUAUUACAACCACGGCAACUACUAUUCUUAUUGCCAAUAUUCAUAUGCAGAAUAAAUGAUUUUGAUUGGUCAAUUCAAUUUUCUAAUUAUUAACCAAUAGGAUUAAAGGAAUAAUAUAAACAUUCAAAUUCCAUGAGAAUGUUUCAUAUCUUCCAUAUCUUCGUUGAAAUCAUUUCAUCCAUAGAAUGAAUAGAUCUACAAUAUCUAAACAAUCUCUAACCUCUAAAGAACCUGAUUUAUUUGAUUUACCAAAUUGUUUAAAAUUAUGGUCAAUUAAUAUGUAUCAUUUAACUAGUACAAAAGAACAAAAAAAAUAUGAUCCAAUUGAACUAGUACUACGUUUUAUAUGGGAUGAUAUACAUAUAAAUCAUGAUAAACCAGAAUAUUAUGAUUAUAUAACAAUGAAAUUACCUAAAUCUUAUGUGUUGUUUUCAACAACAUUUAAAAAUAAUACAGAUAAUGUACAAGAAUAUAAUUUUCAUACAGAACGUUGUACACAUUCUAUAGCUGAAAUUGAAAUACAAAAAGGUGUUAUAUUAUCUAAAGAAUUAUCAUUGAAAUUAGCUUUACCCAAUUCAAUUAUGGAAGCAAAUGCUGGAUUUAAACAUGAAAUUUCAAUUGAAUCAUCAACAAGACAAUCAACUGAAGAAGAACUUGCUUGGGGUGUAGAUACACGUAUCACAGUACCACCAAGACAUUCUGCUUCUGCUGAAGUAAAAAUUGAUGAAGAAGAAAUGAAUUGUUGUUUUCGUUUAAGAACAUCAAUGUAUGGACGACUUCGUGUGCUAUUCUUAGAUCCUAUCCAUGAUAAUACAUUAAUUAAAUAUCUUGAAGGUGAUUUAGGUACUAUUAUACAAGAAUCAUUAAAAUCUAAUCAUAUACAUCAAAAUGGUCCUGAUCAAGGUUCAUUUAUAUGGACUGAAUCAAUGUUAAAAUCAAAUCAACGUAUAUGUUAUAUAGAAACAUGGGGUAAAUGUAAAUUUCGUUUUGGUGUACAUCAAUUUGUUGAAGUCAGCCAAAAAGCUCAUUGAGAAUCAAACAAUUAAAAAAAAACAAAAAAAAAUUAGUUGCUAUGGCAAUUAUAACUUAAACUUAUAUCAUAUAAUCUUGAUAAAAUAAAAGAAGGAAGACAAUCAAAUUUGAGUGCAUUUCAUGAUGAUCAUUCAUUAUUCAAUGUACAAUUGUCUUGGAUCACUUCGAUCUGUCUUAAAUGAUCCUUUCAUUGACUUAUUUAAUCCAAAUGUACAUGAAUCAUCUCAUAUUGUAAAAUAAAGUUUCAUUUAUGAUUUCUAUUUUGUUGUUUAAAUUAUCAUUAUGUUAAAGUUUUCUUUCUUUUUCAAUUCAAUAUUGUUCAAUAGUAAAUUAUGGAUGAUAAAUCUCUUUUUCUUCUUCUUCUUCUUCUUCUUCUUCUUCUU